AUGUCAUCUCGCACAACACCAGGGCCAGCAGCCAAGCGCCGCCGCGUCGAGCUGGCCAACGCUACACUGCGGAGGCCUUUUCGAUCUCCCAUGAUCAAUCGCACACCGCCUGGUGACAAGCCAACAGAUUACACGGCGACGAAGCAGGGUAAAACGACAAAAUUACGAGCGGCAGUGGGUAGUGGUGAUGGCGUCAUCGACGCCAGGGCAGAAGGGGAGGAAGAAGACGACGAAGAAACAAGUUUCUCCUCGGUAUCGACGCCAGCAGCGAGGAAAGCAUCAAAGAACAGUCUCCACUAUAGUGGUGCCAGCGCUGCUGGCCCCAGUACGAGUGCACGACGGAACGCGAAACCACCCAUUCUAAGUUUGAGCAACAAGCAAGAGCAGGGGCAAGAGCCUCGAGCUAUCAGUUUUGGUAUCAAUCAGAAGCGAAGCAGGAUCGGGUCAGGGACUUCUUUUGUCUCCAGUACCACUUCUACGCGUCCUUCCGUUGGUCUAAACCAUCUCGCAAGGGGGGCAGUUGUUAGUGAAGCUGGUCCAGAUGGCAGUGACGAUAUCUUAGCCGGACUGCAAAAGUCUCAUAGGGAGACGAAGGUUCAGUUAGUCGCUAUGCAAAAUCAGUUGGAUUUCAUCAGGCAGGCGAAGCGUAUCGAGAUGGCAUCACGGAAGGCUGCUGUCGAGGAGAGCAAGGAGCUACGACGGCAGGCCACAACGGUCAUUGACGCGGAGCUGAAAGGGUUAGUAAAGAAAUGGAAGCUCGCGAGCAGACAAGCGGCAGAGGAAUUGUUUGAGCUUAUCAAGGGGAGGGUGGCGGAUAUGGGCGGUGCCAAGGCGUGGAGGGAGACGAGGAGAAGGCAGAGGGAGGGGUUUCAUUCUGCUUGGGAUGAUGAGGGGCAGAAAGGGAAGAAACGAAAGGGAAAUGAUGAUAUUGAUGAGCGGGGUAUCGAAAACUCCGAUGUCAGCGACGAUGAGGACGAUGACGACCGGCGAUUUUCGCAAGGAAACAAUGACGAUGAAGACGGAAGUGCAGAAGACAAUUGCGAGGACUCGGUAAGGUUACUGUGGCAAAGCCUGACGUCUUGGGAUACGAUCCGAACGAAGACAAGUGGCUGGAUUAAAGGCCUGGAACUCUUUACCAAAGGGAAGAGAAAGAGAAGGAAAGAAAGAACAAAAGGGAACCCAGGAGCUGCCGUCUGGGCCCCCACAGCUUGGAACGAUCACUUGACGGAUCAGACCAACGGCCACCUGCCUCAUCUCAGAAGGCCCAAGUCGUCGCGAGGAAUUAGCGUUCCAAGACACCCAAUGUGUCACAACUCCGAGAUUAUAUCUCUCCAUCCGACAAUCAGGAGGCCUAGGUACAUGAUCUUUGCAAGACAUUCGAUAUCCGCGGCAGGCAAUGCACACAAGGGCAGCGAUCUAGGACAUGUCUGA